AUUAAUCUGAUAUUAAGUACUUUGCCCAACUCUUUAUCUAAUAGUACAAGUAUGCGAUUAACAAUUGUGUCUCAUUAAUUGUAUUCUGUUAGAUCAGUAGAGUGCAUUGACGAAAAAUCAAGUUAUUUAGUUUGGUUUUGCUGACGAUAAUUGGAAAAUAUUCAUGAGAACAACGGUAUGUCUGCACAUACCACGUUGAAGCAACUGCUGGUUGUCUUUGUCCUAUCAACAACUCAGGGGCUAUCAGCUGCGCAAGAAGUGACCCUUUAUGCAGACACGACAGACGUGUCUGCUGGUCACCCACUACAUCUGACCUGUAACCAUGACUACUACCACGUCGUCUCGUGGUGGCUAAAUGGAGAAAUAGCUCUGACAGCGCAAGUAAACGGAGAUGAAUGCAUCAAUAGCCCAACGGAUCCGGAUUAUCUGGCCGACUGUACUUGUGAAAACUCAGUGCACACAUGUAAACUUGAGCACUUGUCCUGGUCUAACGUUGGUGACCAAUGGGCAUGCUCUAUUGGAAGUAUGAAAAGUAACAUUCUGACAUUAACAUUGCCAGCUCCCAAAUCGGUGACCCUAUAUGCAGACACGACAGACGUGUCAGCUGGUCACUCACCACAUCUGACUUGUCACCAUGACAAGUACCCAAUCGUCUCGUGGUGGCAUAAUGGAGAAAAAGCUAUGAGCGCGAAAGUAAACGGAGGAGACUGCCUGAAUAUCCCAACGAAUCCAGCUUAUCUGACCGACUGUACGUGUACAUACACAGUGCACACAUGUACACUUAGCAACUUGAACAGGUCUAACGUUGGUGACCAAUGGGUGUGCUUUAUUAGCGAGUGGGAUGGUACUGUUAUAAAAAGUAACAUUCUGACAUUAACAUUACCAGCUCCUAAAUCGGUGAACCUAUCUGCAGACACGACAGACGUGUCAGCGGGUCAAUCACUACAUCUGACUUGUCAACAUGAAAACUACACAAUCGUCUCGUGGUGGCUUAAUGGAGAAAUAGCUCUGAGCGCGCACAUAAACGGAACAGCCUGCCUGAAUAUCCCAACGAAUCCAGCUUAUCUGACCGACUGUACAUGUAAAUACACAGUGCACACAUGUACACUUAGGAACUUGUCCUGGUCCAACGUUGGUGACCAAUGGGCAUGCUCUAUUAGCGAUUGGAAUGGUACUGUUAUCAAAAGUAACAUUCUAACAUUAACAUUGCCAGCUCCCAAAUCGGUGACCCUAUAUGCAGACACGACAGACGUGUCAGCUGGUCACUCACCUCAUCUAACUUGUCGCCAUGACAAUAACCCAAUCGUCUCGUGGUGGCAUAAUGGAGAAAUAGCUCUGAGCGCGCAAGUAAACGGAGGAGACUGUCUGAAUAUCCCAACGAAUCCAGCUUAUCUGACCGACUGUACGUGUACAUACAAAGUGCACACAUGCACACUUAGGAACUUGAACAGGUCUAACGUUGGUGACCAAUGGGCGUGCUCUAUUAAAGCUUCGGAUGGUGAUGUUAUUAAAAGCAACAUUCUGACAUUAGAAUUGCCAGAAUUGCCAAGAGGAAAUAGUGCCCAAAUAGCAGUGAUUGCUGGUUCGGUUGGUGGUGCUGUUGGUGGACUUAUAAUCAUCGUUGGUGUGGUCAUCAUAUGCAAGCGUAGAAAAAACUAUAUUCCAAUGUGAAGUCGGGGCCCUGCAGCCAUGUCAACAAAAUCAACAAAAUUGAUGACAGACGAACUACAGCGUAUUAGCCGAUAGCAACUAUUUUAUGUUAAAGCCCCAUUAAUAUCCAAAAUCAACGGAAAUUUCGUAAAGUAUUUCGUAAAAUAAAGUUACACAAUAAAACAAUCAAUGCUCCUUAUAGCAAAAUUUCAAAGCCAGAUAUGUUUUGGUGACAUAGAUGUUUGUAGAUACAAAAUGCUUGUUUUAUAUUUUUCGUGUCACAAUAAAUGUCAUUUUAAUUUCCCAAACUGAUAUCUAUUUAUACGACACAUGCACACUGAAAAGGUACCACUUCUUCUUCACUUCUUUAUAUGAAUAGAUAUAUUUGCGGGAAAUAAAAAACCGUGUAUUUUAUAUCUAUAAACAUCUAUGUUACCAGUCCACAUCUGGCGUUGAAAUUUCGGCAAUUGCUAUAUGAAACACUGAUUUUCAAUUUUUUAACUUUAUUUUACGAAAUAUUGUACGCAAUUUUUGUUGAUUUUAAGUAGUAAUGAGGCAUCAAGCUUGUUAAACAAAUUAAGUAAAUAUGUGUUCAUCAAAGCAGUUGUGAAAAUAAAGGAAUUACAGUUUAAUCCGUUUAAUACAUUUCCGUCGCCAUAUACUCCCAUGUGAGUGUGCCGCUACUGUGGUUUAUGCCAAAUCAAAACGUGUGUUAGGAGAUAUACGUUUUUUGUGUAGUUAUUAUUUGUGUAAUGUCCUCAUGAAUUGAUGUUCUUAAUUAAUGUGAUUCUCCAUUUACUUCAGGCUAACACAAUACAACCCCCCCCCCCCCAAAAAUAAAAUAAUAAAAUAAGAUAUAUAUCCAACAAAAAACGUUAAAAUGCGGACUGAAAGCGUGAAAUUUGUGUGAGUUAGGUCAAUUAAAUAUUGAAAUAAUUAACCAUCAUUUUGGAAAUGCAGUAACAUUCAAGAAGUAUGGACAAAACUGCGAAUUUUUCUGAAAGACGUGAACAUUGAAAUAAAAUGAAUAAAAUAAAUGGCCUUUUUUGGCAUUAUCGACAAAAAGUAUACAAUAAUGUUCUGAACUGUAUACUAAUUUUUAAUGAAAAUGUUUAUAUUUAACAUGAACAUUAAAAAGUGCAUCUACAAUUUUAAUAUAUUUAUUAAUUAGCUUUAUAUAAAAAUACAGACAAAAGCAGAAAUUGCCCUUUUAAAAAACAAAUAUGAAACAAAUAAUAAAAAAUGCAUCCACUUCAUACAAUAUUUCUCAACCAACAGAACUUGGAAUAUUCUUUUUAAGUACAUAUUAAAUUGUAUAAAGGUGCCCAUGCUCUCAACAAUUGGAACUUGUUUAUGUUUUAAACGUAAACCUGUGUGUGUGACAGCGAGUGUGAAUCCGCCUGAUUGCAUGCAUAGUGUUUGCCUCUCAUAUAAAAUGAUUUUUUCUGACAAUAUAUCGUGUAUAUGUGUGUGAACUAUUAUAAAUGCUUGCAGUUUAUUUUUAUUUUGUUUACAAUUAUUUAAAACUCAAAACAAUUCCAUAUGAUUCCUCAUGAUGUGUGCCAUACAUGUUAUAUAUUGUUUCACCAAUGUUGUAUGUAUGCAAAUGAAACUGGUGUCUUUGUAAAUGUCAAACAUGGUAAAAUACAUGAGAAAAAUGGUAUGUGUUUCCAUGAAAAGAACUGUAUAUCUACAGAGAACGUAUCACUCAUAAGAAACAAGCAUCAUGGAUUGGAAUAUUCCAAACGGCACCUGAAAUGUUCAUAUGGACUUUGUGUGGCCAGUGAUUAAGGAUUAAAGGCACUGAUCAUUUUAUUGAACAUACAAUUGGGUACAGAUUUGUGCUUACAGUUACACUUACUAUAUAUGCUAAUACAAUACAUUUACUUAUUUGAUUUAAAACUGGAGAAGUUAUUGUUUUAAUAUCGCACUUUAAUAUUACCACAUAUGAAGCGGAAGAGGUUAAAUCAACCGCUAAGAAGUAGUAACGAUAAUACCUAUAAAUCGUAUUCAUAAACAGAUUGACUAAAGAAAUAAUAUGCUAAUUUAACUGUAAUCAAUUACUCAAAAUUAUAUAACGUAUUGUUAAGUAUUGUUUAUUAGAAUGGCUUUGUUCGGUAUAAUUAAAUGAAAAUGUAACAUA